CAGAAUCAGAUGCAUCCUUCAUCUGGGUAUAGAUUACAUCCUCAAAACUACAUUGCUGCCUCAGGACAUUACUCUCAAGGACCUGGGAAAAUGACCUCAUUGCCGCCGGAGAGCCAGUGUGGGGAUUACUACUCUGGUCUCUAUCCAGUACCAACACACAGCCCGACUCCCAGCACAGUGAGCCAACCACCCGCAGCACAGCAGCUGUACAGCAGGGGCCCUCUGCCCCCUCAGAUGAUGGGAUCCUCCCCAGGAUCUUUCCAAGGUGCUGCGCCAUCAGCAUCUCAUUUGCAUACGAGUGCCUCCCAGCCAUACUCCUUUGUGAAUCACUGCAGUAAUCCAGCGGUUUACUCUGCCAACUCUUCUGUUGCUUCUCAGGGAUUUCCCCCGACUUGUGGUCAUUAUGCCAUGUCAACUGUUUCCAAUGCUGCGUAUCCUAGUGUUUCCUACCCCUCUCUGCCUGCUGGGGAUCCCUAUGGGCAAAUGCUUACCUCACAGAAUACGCCUAUUUUCAGGCCAGUUAAAGAUAAUUCAUUUUCUGGUCAAAGUACACCUAUCAGUCAUCCAUCGCCUCUUCCACCUCCGCCAUCGCAGCAGCAGCAGCAGCAGCAGCAACAAAGUCUUUCAGGAUACAGUAAUCCAUUGUGGUCAGCUCCAGGCCUUCAGUCAACCCAAGACAAUCUCAACCGAAACCACACUGCAUCCCCAGCUACAGCCAGCAACAACCCAGUGCAUACUGAUCUCUUGUCUCGUCCUGUUAUGCAAAAUGCUCAGUCUCCCAAGCCCAGCCCGGUAGUGUCCACUGUUCUGUCAGGAACCUCAGCAACAAGAACACCUCCUGCUGCAAAUCACCCAGUUAGGCCUGUGGCCUCUGCCACACAGCCGUCAGAGCUACUGCAACACAAAGGCAUGCAGUAUGGUGAAUAUGUUAAUAAUCAAGCUAGCUCCGCACCAACUCCCUUGUCAUCAACUUCCGAUGAUGAGGAAGAGGAGGAUGAGGAUGAGGAAGCAGGCGUUGAUAGCUCCUCUACCACAAGCAGUGCUUCUCCAAUGCCCAACAGCUACGAUGCCUUAGAAGGAGGCAACUAUCCAGACAUGCUUUCUUCGGCAGCCAGCAGUCCCGCCCCUGAUCCUGCCCCUGAACCUGAUCAUGCUGCAACUCUGGCUCCUGCUGCUCCUCAGCCUACAAAAAUGUCCAAGCCUUUUGGCUAUGGUUAUCCAACUCUUCAGCCUGGUUAUCAGAAUGCUGCAGCACCACUUAAUUCCGGAGUACAGUCCAGUAGCAGCAUGUAUUCUGGAUUCCAGCAGUAUACUCAGCCGUAUCCUGGCGGGAACCAGCUGUCCUCCAGUCUAGCAGGACUGAGUCUGCAGAGUUCUCCCCAGCCGGAAAGCCUGAGACCUGUAAACCUCACCCAGGAGAGGAAUGUGUUACCUGCGACUCCCGUGUGGGCUCCCGUACCAAACCUGAAUGUAGACCUCAGGAAAUUAAAUUGUAGUCCAGAUUCAUUUCGGUGUACUUUGACAAAUAUUCCACAGACGCAGGCUUUACUGAAUAAAGCUAAACUACCUUUAGGAUUGUUGCUUCAUCCCUUCAGAGACCUAACGCAAUUACCAGUGAUAACGUCCAAUACCAUCGUGCGGUGCCGAUCUUGUCGAACAUACAUCAACCCUUUUGUAUCCUUCAUUGAUCAACGUAGAUGGAAAUGCAAUUUGUGCUAUAGAGUGAAUGAUGUACCCGAAGAAUUUAUGUAUAACCCCCUUACUCGAUCAUAUGGUGAACCUCAUAAACGACCAGAAGUUCAGAAUUCAACGGUGGAGUUCAUUGCUUCUUCAGAUUACAUGCUUCGUCCUCCCCAGCCUGCGGUGUACUUGUUUGUUUUAGAUGUGUCUCAUAAUGCAGUGGAAGCUGGAUAUUUGGCCAUUUUGUGCCAAUCGCUGUUAGAAAAUCUCGACAAGCUUCCUGGAGACUCAAGAACAAGAAUAGGAUUCAUGACUUUUGAUAGCACUAUUCACUUCUACAACUUACAAGAUGGACUAUCACAGCCUCAGAUGUUAAUAGUGUCUGAUAUCGAAGAUGUUUUUCUACCCACACCAGAUAGCUUACUUGUGAAUCUAUGUGAAAGUAAAGAGCUUAUCAAAGACCUAUUGAAUGCAUUACCAAACAUGUUCACCAAUACAAGAGAAACGCACAGUGCCCUUGGUCCUGCGCUUCAGGCAGCCUUUAAACUGAUGUCUCCAACAGGUGGCCGCGUGUCUGUAUUUCAGACACAGUUACCUUCCAUGGGGGCAGGACUUCUGCAGUCGCGAGAAGACCCCAAUCAGAGAUCGAGUACAAAGGUUGUACAACACCUUGGCCCUGCGACUGACUUUUACAAGAAACUCGCUUUAGAUUGUUCCGGGCAGCAGACUGCAGUGGAUCUGUUCCUUUUAAGCUCACAGUAUUCUGAUCUGGCUUCUCUAGCUUGUAUGUCCAAGUAUUCUGCAGGGUGCAUCUAUUAUUACCCAUCAUUCCACUGCACUCACAAUCCUUCACAAGCAGAGAAACUACAAAAAGACCUAAAACGUUAUCUGACGAGGAAAAUUGGGUUUGAAGCUGUAAUGAGAAUAAGAUGUACUAAAGGUCUUUCGAUGCACACUUUCCAUGGCAACUUUUUUGUUCGUUCCACUGAUCUUUUAUCCCUGGCCAACAUCAACCCGGAUGCUGGAUUUGCAGUGCAGCUGUCUAUUGAAGAGAAUCUGACCGAUACUUCUUUAGUGUGUUUUCAGACAGCUCUAUUAUAUACAUCAAGCAAAGGUGAACGUCGGAUUAGAGUACACACACUUUGUUUGCCAGUAGUAAGUUCUCUAGCAGAUGUGUAUGCAGGCGUGGAUGUACAAGCUGCCAUCUGCCUCCUAGCAAAUAUGGCUGUGGAUCGAUCCAUCUCAUCAAGUCUGUCAGACGCGAGAGACGCCUUAGUGAAUGCGGUGGUGGAUUCCUUGUCUGCGUACGGCUCGACGCUCUCAAAUUUACAGCACUCGGCGUUGAUAGCACCCAGCUCCCUCAAGUUGUUUCCUCUCUAUGUUUUGGCCCUUCUCAAACAGAAAGCAUUUCGAACUGGUACCAGCACACGCCUGGAUGAUCGAGUGUAUGCCAUGUGCCAGAUGAAGUCCCAGCCACUUGUUCAUCUCAUGAAAAUGAUCCAUCCCAACCUAUACAGGAUUGACAGACUGACAGACGAGGGUGCUGUGCAUGUUAAUGACAGGGUUGUGCCUCAACCGCCUCUUCAAAAAUUGUCUGCAGAGAAGCUGACACGAGAAGGUGCUUUCCUUAUGGACUGUGGCUCUAUUUUUUACAUUUGGAUUGGAAAGAGCUGUGACAACAACUUCAUAGAAGAUGUGCUUGGAUACCCUAAUUUUGCAUCUGUUCCACAGAAAAUGACACAUCUUCCAGAGCUGGAUACACUUUCAUCAGAAAGAACUCGAUCCUUUAUAACUUGGCUUCGAGACAGUAGACCACUAAGCCCAAUUCUUCACGUGGUAAAAGAUGAGAGUCCUGCCAAAGCAGAAUUUUUUCAACAUUUAGUUGAAGACCGGACGGAAGCCGCAUUCUCUUACUAUGAAUUUUUAAUUCAUGUUCAGAAGCAGAUUUGUAAGUGACGUGGAAUAAAGUUAAGAAGAAAAAGCCGUGUAACUUGUUAAAGCACCCUCUGUCAGAGAAGCACAUAGGAGAGUUGAAACGAAGGCACUGGUUGCCGUCCAGACAGGUGCGUGCCCGUCUGAGGCCCUGGGGAAGGUAGCGAGGACUCGCGUGGCUUUCUUCAGCCUGAGUGAACAGUGGUGGCGAUGGCGCCGCACCAGAACCUGUUCGCGUGGCCUCGCCAUGUUUCCCCAUUGCCGCGAGCACAGCAGCACAGUGCGCCGUGCUUGCCAGCCGGCAGAUCUGUGUAGCAGUGUGCAAUGAUACGUCAUGAUGUGUAAUUAGACCAACUCCUCUUUCUUGUUUUCUUACACUUAAUGUCACAUCUCCGGACCCGAACUCUGACAAGAGAUGCCAACAGGCAAUGGUACCGUGUUAUUUGUUUUUAUGAAUUACUUUUUACCAAGGAAUGAUUCUUAUUCAUUCAAUGAAUUCAGCGUUUUCCCUGUAAAAACUAUAAUAGUUUUAGUACAUGACCUAUAGAACAAAGUACAUAUAGACACAUAAUGUACAUAAAUGUUACAUUUGUAAAGAAAGUGUAAAAAUGUAACUACAGAAUAUGAAUUGCUGAACCUGUGCUGCAUUGUUGGAUGACAACUCUCGGUCGCAGAGAAUGAGGUUGACAAACACGUAUCAUGAAUUGAGUCCACAAAAGAAACACGAAACUCUUUGUAAUUCUGUUAAAUCUCUUAUGUGGAUUUAUUUAUGAUCAGCCUACUAAUUAAAAAAUAUUUUGCUUGACAA